CCAGCACGGCUCUCUGCACCCCGUGAAUGGCCUGUCAUCUUCGGUGACCACAGGGCCAGCCGAGCUCUCCCUCCACCGACUCUCUCGGAGCUUCCUCCUCCCCUGGGCUCCUCUCAGCACAGCCCCGAGCUGCUGCCUUCUGAUGUCCAGGGGCAGCCGGACCUGUCCUCUGAAGCCAUGGGCCCCUCCCGUCCUGCGCUCCUGUCCCUCAGGAGGCUCGGCCUGUGCUGGCUCCUGCUGACUCCGACAGCAGGUGGAGAGGAAACCCAGCGCUCACAUCCCCGGGAGCCCGGAGGCACCCUGUCCUCUCCCGGUCCCCUGGUGCCAGCGCAGCCAGGCUCCCACACCCACGCCGAGGACCACCUCUUCAAGCACCUCUUUGGCGGCUACAACCGCUGGGCGCGCCCGGUGCCCAACACCUUGGACGUGGUGAUCGUGCGCUUCGGGUUGUCCAUCGCCCAGCUCAUCGACGUGGACGAGAAGAACCAGAUGAUGACCACCAACGUCUGGCUGAAGCAGGAGUGGAACGACUACAAGCUGCGCUGGAACCCGGCCAACUUCGGCAACAUCACGUCCCUCCGGGUCCCUUCGGAGAUGAUCUGGACACCCGACAUCGUCCUCUACAACAAUGCAGAUGGGGAGUUUGCGGUGACCCACAUGACCAAGGCCCACCUCUUCUCCACGGGCACCGUGCACUGGGUGCCCCCGGCCAUCUACAAGAGCUCCUGCAGCAUCGACGUCACCUUCUUCCCCUUCGACCAGCAGAGCUGCAAGAUGAAGUUCGGCUCCUGGACCUACGACAAGGCCAAGAUCGACCUGGAGCAGAUGGGGCAGUCGGUGGACCUGAAGGACUACUGGGAGAGCGGGGAGUGGGCCAUCGUCAACGCCACGGGCACCUACAACUCCAAGAAGUACGACUGCUGCGCCGAGAUCUACCCCGACGUCACCUACACCUUCGUCAUCCGGCGGCUGCCGCUGUUCUACACGGUGAACCUCAUCAUCCCCUGCCUGCUCAUCUCCUGCCUCACGGUGCUGGUCUUCUACCUGCCGUCCGACUGCGGCGAGAAGGUCACGCUGUGCAUCUCCGUGCUGCUGUCGCUCACCGUCUUCCUGCUGCUCAUCACCGAGAUCAUCCCGUCCACCUCGCUGGUCAUCCCGCUCAUCGGCGAGUACCUGCUCUUCACCAUGAUCUUCGUCACCCUGUCCAUCGUGGUGACCGUCUUCGUGCUCAACGUGCACCACCGCUCGCCCAGCACCCACACCAUGCCCCGCUGGGUGCGGGGGGCCCUGCUGGGCUGCGUGCCCCGCUGGCUCCUGAUGGCUCGGCCCCCGCCAACGCCCUUGGCGCUCCGCGACCCCCCGGGCCCGAGGCCCGGCCCCUCCUACCGCUGGCUGGAGACCAACGUGGACGCCGAGGACAGGGGGGCGCUGGCGGUGGCGGAGGACAGAUGGGCUCGUGCCGGCUAUUCCGUGCCCCCCACCAGGGCCCGCCGCAGCCACGGCGGCCUGCACCCGGGGGCCUCGGGGCCCCAGGCCGAGGCUCCCGUGCAGGAGGGCGAGAUCCUGCUGUCGCCUCGCAUGCAGAAGGCGCUGGAAGGCGUGCACUACAUCGCCGACCACCUGCGGUCUGAGGAUGCUGACUCUUCGGUGAAGGAGGACUGGAAGUGCGUGGCCAUGGUCAUCGACAGGGUUUUCCUCUGGCUGUUCAUCGUCGUCUGCUUCCUGGGCACCGUCGGCCUCUUCCUCCCCCCGUUCCUGGCGGGAAUGAUCUGACCCUCUCUCCUCUCCGUUACUCCCAGGUGGCCCCGCUGGCCACCUUCUGACCACCCUUAACUGCGGCUGCCUCUAGAGCAGCGUCCGGGGUGGAUGCCGUCUGCCUGCAGGUGCCUCUGCACGGAGUCCCCGCACCUCCAGUCACCGGGCACUUCUGGAACACCCCCUGACAUCACUGCACCGAGUGCCGAGACGCUGCUGGGUGCAGAGCCCUGUUCGGGUGCCGGGGAGCUGGGGGAGGGAGGCGCUCACAGAAGGUUAGGAUGCGGUGACAACAACGUGGGGCAGGACCAGAUUGUCCUGGAAGAGCAGCACAGCCCUACGCUGCGGGGCCAGGCAGGAGUGCCCAGGGGGCAGAGCCAGCUGGAGACAAAGGGGACUCGGACCUCACAGGAGGGACCUGUGGGGAAGCAGGGAGGGUGUCUGGGGUGCAAGGGCUCUGAACGGCAUUUUGGGUUCGGGAAUGAGCCCCAGUGCCAGGGACGGGGCUCUGUUUUGGGGAGCAGCAGGAGGAGGCUGGAGAGGCGGGUUGGGGUCUCUCUAAGUCAGGCUGAGCGCGAAGUGCAGAGUCUGUCUGAGCCUGCAGGGUUCUGAGCUGUCAGGAACUGCAGGAAGAUGACAGACUCUUCCGGAAAGGCA